AUGGGUUCCGAAGCUCCCAUCCAAAUCCUCCUUGUAUCAUAUCCUGCACAAGGACACAUAAACCCUCUUCUUAGACUAGCAAAGUGUCUCGCUGCAAAGGGUUCUUCAGUCAUCUUCAUCACAACCGAAUAUGCUGGCAAGAACAUGCGAACCGUUAACAACAUCACUGAUAAAUCAACCACUCCAAUUGGUGACGGUUCUCUCACUUUCCGGUUCUUCCACGACGGUUUACCGGAUGAUGAUUCCAUCAGAAAUAGUCUUAGUGGCUACUCGGAACAGCUUGAACUUGUUGGGAAGCAAUUCGUUUCUCAAAUGAUCAAGAAUCAUGCUGAUUCAAACACGCCAAUUUCUUGUGUCAUCAAUAAUCCUUUUCUUCCAUGGGUUUGUGAUGUUGCUUAUGAUAAUAAUAUUCCUUCUGUUUUGUUAUGGAUUCAAUCCGUUGCUGUUUUCGUAGCUUACUAUAACUAUUUCCAUAAACUCGUACCUUUCCCUACGGAUUCAGAACCUUAUAUUGAUGUUCAACUCAACUCUUCUUUUACUCUCAAAUACAAUGAAAUCCCGGAUUUUCUACACCCUUUUAGUAAAUAUCCGUUUUUAGGGACACUCAUCUUAGAACAGUUUAAGAAUUUAUCUAAAGUUUUUUGUGUAUUGGUGGAUACAUAUGAAGAACUAGAACAUGAUUUCAUCGACUACGUUUCAGAAAAAUCAAUCAAAAUAAGACCUAUCGGUCCUUUGUUCAACAACCCAAAAAUCAAAGAUGUGAGUUAUAUCCGGGGCGAUUUUGUUAAGAGGGAUGAUUGUAAGAUUGUAGAUUGGCUUAACACGAAGGCGGAAGGAUGUGUAGUUUACAUUUCUUUUGGGACGAUUGUGUAUCUUUCACAGGAACAAGUGGAUGAAAUUGCAUAUGGGUUGUUGGAGUCACAAGUGUCGUUUUUAUGGGUAUUGAAACCACCUUCAAAGGAAAGUGGUCGGAAGGCACAUGUUUUGCCGGAAGGGUUUUUGGAGGAAGCAGGUGAGAGAGGGAAAGUGGUGAAGUGGUGUCCACAAGAAGAGGUAUUGUCUAAUCCUUCAGUGGGAUGUUUCAUGACACAUUGUGGUUGGAAUUCAUCGAUGGAGACACUUACUUUAGGAGUUCCGGUGUUGACGUUUCCGGCAUGGGGUGAUCAAGUUACAAACGCCAAAUUCUUGGUUGAUGUUUUUGGUGUUGGGACUAGGUUGGGUUAUAGUCAAAUUGAAGAUAAACUGGUGACAAGAGAUGAAGUGAAGACAGGCUUAUUGGAAGCUAUGACAGGGGGAAAAGCAGAGCAGUUGAAGAAAAAAGCGAUCAAGUUGAAGAAGGCGGCGGAGGCUGCGGUGGCGGGUGGUGGUUCCUCUGAUCGGAAUCUUGAUGAAUUUAUGGAAGAUAUUAAGAAACGUGGAACUGUAAACAUUAGUGUAGAGUUCCAUUAA